AUGAGCAGUGCAGUUCGCACUGGAGCAGACUGCCCCUACUUGGACACCAUAUCCCGCCAGAACCUCGAUUUUGACUUUGAAAAGUGCUGCUCCGUCUCCCUUAGCCCGGUCAACGUAUAUGCUUGCCUCGUAUGUGGCAAGUACUUCCAGGGCCGUGGGCCAAACACGCAUGCCUACACGCACUCCUUGGACGCCGGUCACCACAUGUUCAUGAAGGUCACGGAUGGCAAGGUCUACUGCCUGCCAGACAUGUACCAGGUGGUCGAUCGCUCGCUCGCGGACAUCCAGUAUGUGCUGUCCCCUACCUUCACGGAUGCUGAGGUGGCAAGGCUGGACACGGCGGUCACCUGGGCACGCGCCCUGGACGGCACCGAGUUCAUGCCAGGACUGGUGGGGCUGAAUAACAUGAAGCGUAACGACUACGCCAAUGUGGUCAUCCAGACGCUUGUCCGCAUCGUGCCCAUCAGGGACUAUUUCCUGCGCACCCAGAACUACGAGGCCUGCCGCUCGCCGCUGGUCCGGGAGUUUGGGUCGCUGGUGCGCAAAAUGUGGAUCACACGGGCCUUCAAGGGCCACGUGUCACCCCACGAGUUCAUGCAGUCGGUCAUUGCCGCCAGCGAGAAGCGGUUCACCAUCGACGCCCAGGCGGACGCCAUUGACUUUUUCCAGUGGCUCGUCAACCGUCUACACCUGGAGCUGACGGGGGGCAAGCGGAAGAAGGCGUCCAUCAUCACAGAAUGCCUGCAGGCGAGGGACCUGGGUGGCGACUUGGAGGUGACCACACUUGCGGGGACGGGGAAGGCCAAGGGAUCCUCGGAGGAUGUCGUGGACAAGGUGUCCUUCCUCAUGCUGGGUCUGGACUUGCCGGCUGCCCCGCUGUUCAAGGAUGCCCUGGAGACGGUCAUCAUCCCCCAGAUACCCAUGUACGACCUGCUGAGGAAAUACGGGGGGAGCCUGAUCGUCGACGACAUCAAGGCGGGGCGGCGGAAAUUCCGGCUCACCAAGCCUCCGCGCUUCCUCGCGCUACACGUGAAACGCUUCGUGAAGAACCAGUUCUUCCUGGAGAAGAACCCGACCAUCGUGAACUUCCCCGUGAAGAACCUGGAGGUUCCCGUGUCUGCGCCUGGAAGCGAGGGUCGAAGCAUCGUCAAGUAUGACCUGUUGGCCAACAUAGUGCACGAGGGCAAGGCAGGGGAGGGCUCCGUCAGGGUCCACAUCCACAGGAAGGUGGAGAACACCUGGUAUGAGGUCCAGGAUUUGAGGGUGACGGAUGUGCUGCCUCAGAUGGUUGCACUCUCAGAGACGUACAUGCAAGUGUACGAGCGGCAGGGUCCAUAA